AUGUCGUCUCCGUCACAACGUCGGCAGCGCAGCUCCCAGUCUGGUACCCCCCGUCGGUCUACUCGCCAGUCUGAAGCGAAUACCCCCCGCAAUCCACCGUCACAGCUUGCCUCGAGCCCAAUCUUCUUUCAGUCUUCAUCGCCAGCUCCUGGCGCUGGUCAAGAUAAUGCUGCAAAUGGAGAGGUGUCGUCGCCCUUGAGGCAGAUGACUGACACUCAGAGCACACAUGGAAUUGGUGCCAUGCCCAGUUCGCCGCUGCGGCAGAUGUCAGAGUCACAGACACCUGGAGCUGAUCCCCAGAGAACACCUAGAGCGAGCGGUACUCUUGCAGGAGAGUCCUCACCAAUCCGAUACGAACCGAGUUCAAGUCCUGGUCGAUCACUUGGUGGUCAUCGGUCGGAGUUGCGCAGCGAAAGCAGUGGCCUAUUUGUAGGCUCAGAGCGAGGCGGCUCUGCAGCUUACAGACGUGGAGAUAUUAACUCGGAUGCAUUACGGACGCCUCGUGCCCCCCGGCGUAUCAUUCUCGAUGAUACUGGUCGCGUUGUUCAAGAAGGCCAGACUCCAGGUUCGGAUGCUGCAUCUUUCACCAACCGAGAUCCAAAUACAUCUGAGGCAGAUGUUUUGGGCGGCCAGGGCCAGAGUCUGAUUUGGGGUACCACUGUAUCCAUUGAUGACACCUUUGCCGCAUUUAAAGACUUCCUCCGCAACUUCACUCAGAAGUACAGAAUGUACCGAGAUAACUUUUCAGAUGCCGAAGUUGCGGCCGCACCCGAGUCCGAGUCCAAACCGUACUGGGAGGCGUUGGAGAAUAUGCUACUUCUCGGAACCACAAGACUCUACCUGGACAUAUCCGACCUGAAUCUGUACCCUCCUACACGCAAAUUGUGGCACCAGAUCCAGGCGUACCCUCAGGAAAUCGUGCCUGUCAUGGAUCAAUCUGUUCAUGACUUAAUGGUUGAACUAGCGCGAGCCGAAUCCCUCAGGAGCAGACCAUCCCAGAGCAGUGCUGGUCAAAAUACUCAAAAUAGCACCCAGAGUUCUGAGCCUGUCUUUCCUAGCUCUGACAGACCUGAUGAGCCUGCCACUCCUCGCCCUCCACAGGACCAGCCAUCGCUGGAGGACCAAGUAUCCGCUAAUCUCUACGUUGUCCGCCCUUUCGGACUGGACAGGACAAUCAACCUGAGAGAUCUGAACCCAUCUGACAUGGAUCGUCUCAUUUCCAUCAAGGGUCUUGUCAUCCGAACGACACCCGUUAUUCCUGACAUGAAGGAUGCCUUUUUCCGCUGCAAUGUUUGCAACCAUUCCGUCAAUGUCGGCCUUGACCGAGGAAAGAUUCGCGAACCAACUGAGUGUCCUCGCCAGAUCUGCAAAUCAAAGAACUCCAUGCAAAUUGUCCACAACAGAUGCUCCUUUGAGGACAAGCAAGUCAUUAAGCUGCAAGAAACCCCAGACGCCGUGCCCGCCGGUCAGACUCCUCACUCAGUUUCAGUCUGCGUGUAUAACGAACUCGUGGACUUCUGCAAGGCAGGUGAUCGAGUGCAGUUGACGGGCAUCUUUCGAGUCAGCCCUGUGCGUGUGAACCCGCGCCAACGCGCCAUCAAGAGCGUCUACAAGACGUACGUUGAUGUUCUUCACGUCCAAAAAGUUGACAAGAAGCGCAUGGGAGCCGACCCAACCACCCUCGGCAUUGAAGGUGAAGAGGACGCAGACAAUGGCAGCAACGAGCUGGAGCAAACUCGUGUUAUUACCCCUGAAGAGGAAGCCAAGAUUCGAGAGACUGCUGCCCGCGAUGACAUCUAUGACCUUUUGGCCCGUUCGCUUGCACCCUCGCUGUACGAAAUGGACGAUGUCAAGAAGGGUAUCCUCCUCCAGCUGUUUGGCGGUACCAACAAGACGUUCCAAAAAGGCGGUAGCCCAAAGUACAGAGGCGACAUCAAUGUGCUGCUCUGUGGUGACCCUUCCACUGCCAAGUCGCAGAUGCUGUCCUAUGUCCACAAGAUUGCUCCCCGUGGUGUAUAUACCAGUGGUAAAGGUUCCUCAGCUGUCGGUCUCACGGCAUACGUGACUCGCGACCCAGAAACCAAGCAACUUGUGCUCGAGUCCGGUGCACUGGUCCUGUCAGAUGGUGGUGUCUGCUGCAUCGACGAGUUCGACAAGAUGUCAGAUGCAACCCGAUCCGUUCUCCACGAAGUCAUGGAACAGCAGACAGUCUCCGUCGCCAAAGCAGGCAUCAUCACCACUCUCAACGCCAGAACAAGCAUCCUCGCCUCUGCCAACCCCAUCGGCAGUCGCUACAACCCCGACCUCUCAGUUCCCCAGAAUAUUGACCUCCCCCCUACCCUCCUCUCCCGUUUCGACCUGGUCUAUCUUAUCCUCGACCGAGUCGACGAAAAGAUGGACAAGCGUCUCGCCAAGCAUCUCCUCUCUCUCUACAUCGAAGACAAGCCUCACUCCGCCCCCUCGAACAACGACAUCCUUCCCGUCGAGUUCCUCACGCUCUACAUAUCCUACGCCCGCUCUCAAAUCCAACCCACCAUCUCACGAGAAGCUGGUGAGGAACUCGUCAAAGCCUACGUUGCCAUGCGGGCUCUCGGUCAGGACGUCCGCGCCGCAGAGAAGCGCAUCACCGCCACAACCCGUCAGCUCGAAUCCAUGAUCCGUCUCUCCGAAGCUCACGCCAAGAUGCGACUUUCCCACACCGUAACCAAGGAAGACGUUCGCGAAGCCAAUCGUCUGAUUCAAAGUGCCCUCAAGACAGCGGCCACUGACUCCCAAGGCCGCAUUGACAUGUCUCUCUUGACUGAGGGGACGAGCGCCGCAGACCGCAAGCGUCGCGGAGAACUGAGAGAGGCUGUUCUCAAGUUGUUGGAUGACAUGACUGCCGGAGGAAACAGCGUCCGUUGGAGCGACGUGUCGAAGCGCUUGGCUGAUGGCGCGAGUAUACCUGUUGAGACGGCCGAGUUCAAUGAGGUCAUGAGGGCUUUGGAGACGGAGAAUCUGAUCAUGGUGAAUGGUGAGGGUGCCAGGAGGAGCGUGCGACGAGUAACGGCUGUUGUGUAG